CUUGUGUUGCUCUCAAUGUCCUCUCCGAAGAUACGUUGGAACAAGCCUCGUUGUCACCCGAGUGACAGUGAGACAAAAAAUGUCCCAUGCGCACGCUCGGGUCACACCUUGUCGGUGAUUGGCAACACUGGAUUCCUGUUCGGUGGGCUGAGUGCAGGCUUGCAUGACAAAAUAGCACGGCCACUCAAUGAAUUACACAUUCUUAAAAUGGGUAGCUCAGAAUUCGAGUGGUGCCUACUAGAGCUUGCUGAUGGGCAAAAGCCUUUGGCAAGGUGGCGUCAUUCUGCCAGCAUCUAUGACGGCACCCAAAUCAUUAUUUUUGGAGGAUACUAUACAGCCUCUCUCCGUCUGUCAGAUGUGUGGGUGUUCGACACUGUCGCCAUGGAGUGGCAGCAGCCGCAUUUUGAUCAAGAUCCUGGUUUUAUCGCUAAUGGUAGUCAUCCUGCAUCAAGCACUUGGCCAGGUCUU